AUGCGCGCCUCGCGCCCGGCCCUCCGACAGGGCGCCUUUUCCGCACAGGCAUCCCAGGCCUUCCGCGCCCAGCGAUUCCGCUUCCGCGAGAGCAGCAAGAGGUGGCAGAGCACGGCCGACGGCGCCCAGCAGCAGCACCAGAGCUGGUUCAAGCGCGCCUGGGAGAGCGAGGUCGGCGUCAAGACGGUGCACUUCUGGGCUCCCGUCAUGAAGUGGGCUCUCGUGCUCGCCGGCAUCUCCGACUUUGCCCGCCCUGCUGAAAAGCUCUCCUUCACGCAGAACUUUGCCCUGACGUGCACUGGUCUGAUCUGGACCCGGUGGUGCUUGAUCAUCAAGCCCAAGAACUACCUCCUUGCUGCCGUCAACUUCUUCCUCGGUCUCGUCGGUAUCGUCCAAGUCUCCCGCAUCCUCAUGUACGAAUCCGCCAAGAAGAAGGGCCUCGCCGAGGUCGUCGAGGAUGUCAAGAAGGACGUCAAGGACCAGGUCAAAGCCUAA